AUGAACCUGAUGGUGCAGAAGAAGAGAAUGACCGGCAUGAGCAGUGACUAUGUAUUUGAAAGUGUCAAUGCAGAUGACGUCCUCAUGCUGAUGGCAGCGUACAGGGUCUCUCACCAGUUACUCUUACCCGAAGCGUUGAAAGUCAUGGCGUUGUGCGCGAACAUGGUCCACGGCUUGAAAGUGGUGACCUUGAAGUCGCGGAACACAAAGUCGGGCUCCUCCACGAACCGGACCCCAGUAAAAGGCGACCUGAACAUCUGCCACACCGGCUUCAAUGACAACUACCGGGUCACUACCGACAACACCCGGAUCCACAAGAGGAAGGAGAGCGUGAGCCGGGGGAUCUCCUUCCCCUGCAAGGAGAUCGACAUGGCUGUCUCGCAGCUAAUCAGGUCUCGGGGUGGCGCGGAUCGCAGCUUGAGCUUCGAAGAGCUCAAAAGCUUCUUCCAGAGGAUUGCUGAAUUGCAGAAGAAAGUGACGGCAUAUCAGCUGAGACUUAAGCAAUCUGCCAAGCAAGAGAAGAGACUGCGUGAGGCCAAUACAAGACUUCAGAAGUCUGUGUCCGAAAUUUCCACGGACAAAGAACUAUCCUUGGAUAUCGAGCGUACCAAAGGUGGGCGGCAGCUUACACUACGUGGAUCAAUGGCUUUAGCUAUCCGUCGUAACUUCGGGAAUGUUGCGUGUGCGGAUGUGGGCAGCAUGUUGUUGGAAGACAUCACUCGGUGGACCGUGUCGAGGGCAGAGACAAGGGCAGGGUCGUCGCUGGUUGCAUCUGCGCGACUUUUCUUUCAUGGCCUCUAUGAUGAAAUCGUCAAGCCGAAAAGAUUUUCUUUGGUCAUUCAUUCAUUUCGCCAGGACGCAACCAAUUCUGGAAUCCUGAAAUGUUCCAAGCUUGCAGCACUGUUGUUGCAGACGGCUUAUUUGUCUGUAAACGACGGCGAUGAUGGUGAUGGGUUGUCCAAAGAGAUAUUGCGUGAGUGGAGGUUCGAUGAGAUUUUUGAGAGCAUUAUCCGCGUAGCAGAUGUGUUGCCAGUGAUAGAUGGAACGUCUGAAGGGACAGUGAGUCAGACCUUGAAACAGCUGGAGAGCCUUGGAUGCACCACGUGGGGUGUCGCUGCGGAUACUCGACAACUCGACAAUUAUCCCGGUCCUGACCCGGUUCUGAGAACUCUGAGGCACCAUGACAUUGACACCUGCGUGACCUGGUUCGUAGCCACCACGGAUGCAGGCUCGAACGAGGUGGGUGCACGCAGGAUCAUCCAUGCAGAGCUCCUGGGCAAUCCUCAAGUGUAUUACUUUGACACAACCUGCCUGGAACACUCCCAGCACCUGGUAUCAUUGACAGCUCUCAAAUGUGCGGAUCGUCUCCUCAAAGGGGUACGUAGCUGGAAAUAUUAUGCCAGCCUUGCCACAUGUGCCACGGUAUGCAGAGAUUUGUGCAAGAAGAUAUUCGAACGCUGGUCAGAAGAGCACGGUGCGCAAUCUGCUAAGAAACAUGUUCGUACACUGUUUCCUAAAGCUUGUUCUGGCAGAUGGACUGGUUGCGACAAGCCGGAGCAACGUUUCCUUCAAUGUGGCCAAUCAAAACUGUCGCCUAUCCUUUCUGACGUCAUCAUGUCGAAGAAUUCUAAAACUGAUUCCAGCUCCCGGAAAGAAAAGGAUCAUGUCGACGAGCUGGCCAUCGAGCAGCAGCAGGAGUACAGCGCAAAGAUGGGACGAUGGCGGCGUCAGGCCAAGCAGUGCUUGGAGGACCCUGUGUGGUGGCGAUGCGUGGAAGCCAUGCAUCUAUGCAGGCAGCCGCUGUCACAUGUUUCGAAUUUUCUCCAUCAGCUCCAGGACACAGACAAGGACAUGUCCCACAUUGCUCAGUUGGUUCUGGGGAAGGCAGCCAAUAUUCGGGCUGAGUUUGACAGUUUGCACCAGUCAGACUGGCUGGCGACUUUAUCCCGGGAUCUCGAGGCAGAUGAUGCACAGUUCAUUCGUAAUUUUGCGAUGCUUGACGUGAUUGAUCGGGUCACCUAUGAAUCUUCAGUAUUUUUAGUCUUAUUCACACCCUUCUAUCGGUGA